GGCCGGGAAAGCGGCGCGGGGAAGAAACACCUCCGCGAUGGGUGGCUUUUUUUCCACAAUCUUUUCCAGUUUAUUUGGUACUCGGGAAAUGAGAAUUUUAAUCUUGGGACUAGAUGGAGCAGGAAAGACAACUAUUCUCUACAGGUUACAAGUUGGAGAAGUUGUGACUACCAUUCCUACAAUUGGUUUCAAUGUUGAGACAGUAACCUACAAGAAUCUGAAGUUUCAAGUCUGGGACUUGGGAGGACAGACAAGUAUCAGGCCAUAUUGGCGAUGCUACUAUUCCAAUACAGAUGCAGUCAUCUAUGUAGUAGACAGCUGUGACAGAGACAGAAUUGGCAUUUCGAAGUCUGAGCUUGUAGCCAUGUUGGAGGAAGAAGAACUGAAGAAAGCCAUUUUAGUGGUGUUUGCAAACAAGCAAGACAUGGAGCAGGCUAUGACUCCUACAGAAAUGGCAAAUGCACUUGGACUUCCUGCUCUGAAAGACCGGAAGUGGCAGAUAUUCAAAACAUCUGCAACCAAAGGCACUGGGCUUGAUGAAGCAAUGGAGUGGUUGGUGGAGACCUUGAAGAGCAGACAGUGAUAUGAGCCUGAAGAUUUCCUUCAUCAGUGCUGUGAAUUAAUGUAAUGCUGUAAAUAGGACUGACAGAAUAUUAUCUUUGAAAGAAAUGGGGUUUUUUCUUGCAUCGGAAGUCACACUGAACCAAUUGAAUGUUUGUCUGUAUACUAUAUUAAAAAUACUCCAUUUCUUUUAUCUUGUGUAAGUUAUCUAUGUAACAUCAAUUUUUAUGGCUGAUAUUACCGAAGAUAGACAAUGAGAUUAAAUUGGAAUAAAGCUUUGUUACUUGGAAUUCUAAGUGUAUGAAACUAUUUAACACUAAUAAAUAUAUUUAACUAUCA